UAUGAAUAUUUAAAAUGUCAAAACCGACGACGAUCAAGGAAGCGCUAAAGCGCUGGGAAGAAAAGCACCCGGACGAGAAAUUAUCGACGGCCACGGAGGUGCUUUUGUGCUUCCAAUGGCCUCCUAUAGAAAAAAUGGAUAAUAAUCUAUCAGUUCUUAGCAAAUGCGAAAAACUAAGUCUCAGUACCAAUAUGAUUGACAAAAUCGCCGGUUUGAACUCCUUAAAAAACCUAAAAGUCUUAUCUUUAGGCCGAAACUACAUCAAAACUCUGGCCGGUCUCGAACCGUUGGCAGACACUUUGGAAGAACUUUGGCUAAGUUACAACUUGAUUGAUAAAUUAAAAGGCAUAGGAGUGCUAAAAAAAUUACGUGUGUUUUACCUAAGUAAUAAUUUAGUUAAAGACUGGUCAGAAUUUAAUAAGUUGCUGGAAUGUUCGACUUUACAAGAUUUGGUAAUGGUGGGAAAUCCUUUGGUAGAAAGUAUGGAUGAAGAAACUUGGAGGCGAGAAGUGGGUAAACGAUUGGUUGAUUUAAAAAAUUUAGAUGGAAUGACUGUUGUUCGUGCCGAAGAAGAACCACAGCAAUAA